AUGGUUGAAAGCGAGCUAACUAAGCGUAAAGCAGUAAUUACCGAGGAGGGAAUAAUGACGGAAGAAAGUACAACGCUUCUCAACGGCUCGUCAAACAAGAAGAAGAUCAAAAGAAAGCUCCAUACGUGGAAUGAAAUCCCUGAAUGGCAGCGUGACAAUGAAUACAUCCUGAGCGGGUAUGUCAUCGAAACGAAGAGCCUUAAAGCUUGCUUCGACAGUCUCUUCUAUAUGCACAACGAAUCGGUGAAUAUCUAUACCCAUCUUUUGCCAGGAAUGUCUUUCCUCAGCGUUAUUUUGUUCGAUCAUUAUGCCAUCAAAAGAUUCACAACAACAACAUGGAUCGACUACGUAAUGAUCGAUCUCUUUUUUCUGGGCGGCUUCACUUGCUUGAUGAUGAGCAGCGUGUUCCACUGCCUCAAAUGCCAUUCCAGUGAGGUGGCUAUUUUCGGAAACAAACUCGAUUACUUAGGAAUUGUUGCCAUGAUAGUAUCCUCGAUGGUUAGCAUUCUGUAUUAUGGGUUUCAAGGCAAUAAACCAUACUUUUACGUAUUUUCUGGACUCACCUUUUCUUUUGGGGUCGGGUGCACCGUUGCUUCCUUGAAAGAAAGAUUUCGGUCAAGAGAAUGGAGGCCCUUUCGAGCAGGAUUAUUUGUGGCUUUUGGGCUAUCCGCGCUACUGCCCGUCAUGGCAGGGAUUAUGUACUAUGGGCUCGAGGAAACAUGGAGUAGGAUCCAGCUCAAGUGGCUUAUUUUAGAGGGUAUUUUCUACAUUGCAGGUGCAGUGCUCUAUGGAGUUCGUUUCCCAGAAAGAGUUGCUCCCGGGAUUUUCGACAUCUGGGGUCACUCACAUCAACUAUUUCACGUCUUGGUCGUCACGGCGGCCCUGUGCCACUUACGGGCACUCAUGGGAGCAUACGAGCUAUAUCAUUUGCAGCUUUAA